AUGACUACCACCCCGCCGCCGUCGUCCGCUAUCCGGACUCCUCCCACUCCUCGCUACGGCUCUCGAUACGACAACUACGAGCCGUAUUCCCCUCGCCGCUCCAAACGCAUUGCUGACCAGCAACAUCUGUUCAGCGGCUCUGCUGCUGCCCUAGACGCGAGUACGACUGGUCUUGUCAAAGAACACGCCUUAAGACGCGAUCAGGAGCUACAUCAGCUUGGCAUCAGUGGUAGAGCUACUUACUCUCCACCACACUCACAAGUUAGCUCUCCUAAGCGAAGUAGUGAAAGACUGGACAUGAACUCUCCUUCUCUUUCACCACCACCAAAGAACAGAGUCAGAUCUGAACCUGUUUCAUCUUCACUUCCUCACUCCUCAUCCUCUUCUUCAUACAGAAGCACAAUGGAUGGCAAUACCAACAGCAGCUUGGCUGCCAACGGAAUGCUUCCUACGCCAGCGAAGACUCCUCGUAAGAAGCAAAUCGAAGACCUUGGACCUACAGCCCGCACUCUAUUCUCCAGCAGCUCCAAGCCUGCCCAAGACCCAGCAGCCAUGAUGCCGAAGCGUUCCAAGAAGUACUCAGGCUUUUCACUUGAGAGCUUUGAGGCUGACCCUCAGCAGGCUAGUCAGGAGCCUAUAGCUAUAUUUACCGACUCUCGAGAUCGAAUUCCCCAAGUGAACAAUAGCCCAGACAAUCCCUUCCGCAGCAAGCCUGCCGAAGGUGAACCAUCCUCCUCCAAGCUUUCUGCAGAGGCUGGCAAACGCAGAAAGCUCGAUGAAAGUAGCCGCAAGCGGGACAAGAAUGUGGACAAGGCUAUACGUCGAGAUGACGGAUUACUCUAUGUUUUCCGAGGCAAGAAGGUGUUCCGCAAGUUCAAACCAGAGGUAGAGGAAGAAGAUGAUGAUGAUGACUUGGGUCUUUUGGCCUCUCGCAGCGAACUCAAGUCCGAGUCUAUACCCCGCAUCCGCCCUCUGACCCGUUCUUCCAUCAAACCCCGUGUCCUGUUCCCUGAAGCUAGAGCCGCUCCUGUUCCCUGUGAGAAAGAAGAAGAGCCGAGCACCCCGUCAACCAUAGUUGAAGCAGAGGAGGAGCAAGAUGAAGAGCCGGAUGAAGAGCCAGUUGAAGAGUCAGCUGAAACUGCCGACCAACCAGCCACUGCUCAUGCAGAAAAUGGAUCCUCAGAGAACCCAAUCACACCGGAAGGUCAGAUCAUCCAGACAGAUACCCCCUCGUCACCACUUGCUUCUGGACGCUCUCUCCGCUCUCAUGGCCUCAAGGCAGGUUCUGGGCCUGAACAUUGUGAUCCUGACACUCCAACGGCAAAACGCAUCAGCCCCUUUGACAGAUGGCGCAGAGGCAAGUCUCACUCCACGCCCACUAAGACGAAGAAGAGAGGAAUCGAUGGCAACUCCAACCAAACUUCAAAGAAGUCUCGCAGCCACUAA